UUUUGAAAUAUUUCGCGUUUUUUUUUGGUUUGAAUUUUUUUGGUUGUUUUUGUUUUUCUCAAAGCAUCAAAAUUGGGUAUUAUUUUUUUAAUUUUUGAUUCUUUAGAGGUUUUUUUUAUCAUUAAAAGGAUUUGUUUUUCUUCUUUUUUAGUUUUUAGAAAAGAACAAUUUUGUUUUUGUGGUUUUCUCAGUUUUAGCCUACUUUCAAAAAAAAUAAAAGAAAAUGUCUACUAAUAGAAUAGAACAACAAAACAGAUUAACAAUUUAUUUAAAUUCUAAAACAACACAAGAUUGCGAAGAGGAAAAUUUACAGCAACCAACAAAUGGCCAGGAGUUGAAGUCGACUUAUUUUGGCAGAGCGAAGCUUUUUUUCCGGAAAUAUUUUCUUCAAGGCCAAUUGUACAGUAACGAAGUGUGCUCUGACGAUGAUGAAGAAGAAGUUUUGGAGGAUAUUUUUAAUCGUUACAGAAAAUAUAUUGGAUUUUUACUUCCUUGUCUUUUUAUGCAGAUUAUGUGGUGGACAUUAGCCUUUCGUUACAACUUUUUCCGCCUCUUCCCCACUCACUACGAACUUCCACUAACAAUGGUUGUUGGGGCAACUGUGGCUGGAAUGACUUCAGAAGGUGGUGGGGCUGUUGCAUUUCCGGUUAUGACACUUUUGUUGCAUAUUGAAACUGAAGUUGCGAGGGAUUUUUCUUUAAUGGUUCAGUCUUGUGGAAUGACUUCUGCUGCGUUCACAAUACUUUGGAUGAGAAUAAAAUUGGAAUGGCACGCAAUAAUUCUAUGUACAAUUGGUUCAACUGCUGGAAUUAUAUUUGGAUUGGAAUGGGUUGAUUAUUUAUUGACUGGUUCGGAAAAGAAAAUGUUAUUUGUCAGUAUUUGGUUUUCUUUUGCAAUUUCUCUAUACGUUUUAAACACCCAAAAGAAGAGAAGAACACAUUCUGGUAUUGUAAAAUUUAAUUGGUGGAAGGCUUUAAUUCUUUUUGUUGCUGGAUUUAUUGGAGGACUUUGCAGCGCUUUUGCAGGCUCUGGUGUUGAUAUUUGUGCAUUUUCUGUUUUAACACUUUUGUUCAGGCUUAGCGAAAAAGUAGCUACUCCAACAUCGGCAAAUACUUGUGUUGGAUUUUUCUGGAGGCAUUUAAUUAUGUCUGAGGUGUCUACUCUUGCAUGGAAUUAUUUCACUUGUUCAGGUUUACUCUUUAAAUCAAAAAAUAAUUUUUUUAAUUUUCUAGUCCCUGUAGUUGUUUUAUUCGCCCCGUUAGGCUCUCUAUUAGCCUCUCAUUUUCAUCGUUUGGUUCUAGCUUCAUUUGUUUAUGUAUUGGAAGGACUUGCUUUGCUUGGAUUUUUGGCUACUGGUCCAGAAUGGAGAUUAAUUGGAAUUGGAAGUGUUAUUAUUUUUUGCAGUUUUUUCUUUUUCCUUGCUGUAAGUCGUAUUGGCUAUUGGUUAGAUGAAACUGAAAGAAAAACAACAGCAACAACCAAAUUGAAUGGAAAAAAUUGCGGGCAAAUUAAAUCAAAAGAAUCGAAGACUAUUAGGUUUGUUAUACCUGAAAAAUGA